GACUAUGAUCAGUUGCCAAACAAACGCUAGAGAGCGUGGUCGAGAUCAAGCCAAACGAAUCGCGCUCAGAGCCAGAACGGGUUGAAUCGGAUCGGUUCGGACUGGAUUGGUGUUCCGAUCUGGCCAAAAAAACACCUUUGUGUGUACAGGCAUACGGAUGAAAUCGGGAACAAAACAGAGCCACGAUGCCGCGCAAGCUGCUUAAAUUCCUUAUCAUCUUCGACAACACUUCUCUCCUGUACUUCCCGGGCCAGUUCCUCUCCGGACGGGUUCUAAUCGAGUUGCAGGACGAGACCCCCGCUUUAGGACUUCAUUUUCAUGUGGUAGGCGAAGGCGUGGUGCGCAACGGGCGGCGACAGGAGCGGACAUACGACAAGGAGAACUAUAUUGACUUCCGGAUGCGGCUUCUGGGGGACGUAGACCAAGGAGGUCCGGCCAUACUCUCGCCGGGAAUCCACAGCUUCCCCUUUAAGCUCGGCUUGCCACUAGGCCUGCCCUCUACAUUUCUCGGUCGGUAUGGCUGGAUUCAGUUCUACUGCAAGGCGGCGCUCCGCGAGAACAAUGGCAUAAUCCACAAGAACCACCAGGUCUUCAUUGUGAUGAAUCCCAUCGAUUUAAACCUUGAGAAGCCAAUCUUAGCACAACCGUUCACCUGCGAAGUGGAGCACAAGCUUGGCGUCGUCUGCGUUGGUGGAGGCCAGAUUAAGUGCAGAGUGUCCCUCGAUCGCGGUGGGUAUGUGCCCGGCGAGAAUAUCCUGGUCACCGCAUUCAUAUCCAACUACAGCAAUGUGUCCAUUAAACGGACUAAGGCAUCGCUAACUGAGACCAUCGAGUAUUUGGCGCGGGGGAAGGUGGUGCAAACGGAAAAGAGGGAGCUGGCUGUCUUAGUUCGCGGCAAGAUCCGUCCGGGUGCAAAAGACGAGUGGCACAACGAGCUUUACGUUCCGCCCCUGCCGCCGACCAAUUUGCAUGGCUGUCACCUGAUCAAGAUAUCCUACGACGUAUUCUUCGUGAUCGAACCCAAGUCCAUGGAGAAGGAGAUUAAGCUGCAGCUUCCAAUCGUGCUAGCGACGUACCCCUUCCGACACUCCGGUGAUGCGGUUAAUGCCAACACCUGGCCGGAAUCGGUGCUAAAGCCAGACACGCACACUCACUAUCCGUCCACCCUGCCCAUAUUCCGGCCCUGGCUGCACGAGAAGCCCAGCGAGGCAUAGCCGCGGCUAUUAGGAUUGCCGUGUAUCACAAUUUGUUAAGACCGACUUGCGCCAUACAACAAUUUAAACUUAUUUAACUUAUACUUACUUUUUCCAAUGUAUUUGGUCUUUGCAACUGCGGCUUUUUCGUUUCCAAAAAUUGUUUCAUGAUUAAACAAUAUCAUUAAUUAUUUAAGUUUUGUAAAACAAAUAAAAACGAAAAUUAACAUAAAGAAUAUACAAUUAUAAAUUGUAAUUAGCUCAUAUAUGUAACUUUAUAAAGCCAAACUAAUGUGGGUUAGUUAUUAUCAACUUGGUAACACCGCACUUAUUAAUCUUCUU